AUUGAGUUUCGCCGUCACUUUUUCAAUUAAUUCCAUCCAUGCUGACAGGAGGGACCGCGUCAUUUUAGCCUUUUCUUUAAUAAAUUCUUAUUCGAAAAGUUCUUUUCGUAGACCGUUCCUAAACUUAAACGUCCAAAAUGGCUUGCAGGUCAAAACUCACUCCCGUGUUAAGACGGGUGGCAACGCCUAGCUUGAAAAAAUCUGUAGCGGCAGCUCACCCCGCCGUGUAUGCCACGAGAUGCAUAUCAAGCACGGCCCCGAGACAACUGCAAGCUUCAGGUACAAGAGGCGCUAAGUUUACCACGGACUCUUAUCCCGAAAUCAAGCGGGACGAACGCUUUGCUCAGUUAACAAAAGAGCAUGUUGAUUAUUUCAAAAGUCUGCUCGGGAAUGAUUCCGCCAUAGUUGAUGGUGUAACCGGCGAGAUGGCGAAGGAUGACUUACAGCCAUUCAAUUUAGAUUGGAUGCGAAAGUAUCAAGGACACUGCAAAUUGGUGUUGAAACCCGGAUCAACGGAGGAAGUCAGCAAGAUUCUAAAGUAUUGUAAUGACAACAAGUUGGCUGUUGUCCCUCAAGGUGGAAAUACCGGUCUUGUCGGUGGCUCUGUACCUGUGUUCGACGAGAUUGUUGUCAGCACUAGCCGAAUGAAACAAAUCCGAUUCUUUGAUGAAGUGAGCGGUAUAUUAGUCGCAGAUGCAGGUGUCGUGCUUGAAGUGGCCGAUCAAUUCCUUGCCGAGAAGGGCUACAUCUUCCCCCUUGACCUGGGUGCGAAAGGCUCAUGCCAAAUUGGUGGUAAUGUCUCAACUAAUGCCGGUGGGCUCCGAUUAUUGCGAUACGGAAGUUUGCACGGUACCGUUUUGGGGAUUGAGGCCGUGUUACCCGACGGCACAAUCUUGAAUGACUUAAGCAAAUUACGAAAAGAUAACACUGGUUACGACCUGAAGCAGCUCUUCAUUGGCGCGGAAGGAACCAUUGGCAUGAUCACCGCGAUAUCAAUACACUGCCCCCAGCGAUCUAAAGCCGUCAAUGUUGCGUUUCUCGGUGUUGAAUCUUACGAGAAAAUGCAGCAGGCUUUCAGAGAAGCCAAAACUCAGCUUGGCGAAAUUUUAUCCGCUUUCGAGUUGAUGGAUUCCCAGAGUCUAGGCUUGUACUACAAGGCCAAGGAUGCCGAGUCGGCGCUCGAAGGAGAGCACCCUUUCUAUUGUCUUAUAGAAACAAGUGGAUCGAACUCCGAUCACGAUAGCGAGAAGUUAGAAGCUUUCCUUGAAGAUAUUAUGUCCAAGGAAAUCGUCGCCGAUGGUGUCGUAGCACAAGAUGAAACUCAACUCAGGUCAUUAUGGAAUUCGAGAGAAGGAAUAUCAGAGGCUUCAGGGCACUGGGGAGGGGUCUACAAGUACGAUGUUUCAAUCCCGUUAAAAGAUAUGUACCAAUUGGUAGAGGAUGUUAGAAAGAGGAUGGAAGACGCGGGACUGAAAGGCGAAACCGACGACUACCCCGUCGUGGACGUAGUCGGUUAUGGUCAUAUGGGCGACUCAAAUCUACACCUCAACGUUGCUGUGCGGAGAUACGACAAGAAAGUAGAAGAGGCCCUUGAACCAUACGUUUACGAAUGGAUUAACAGUAAGAAUGGCAGCAUCAGUGCUGAACACGGUUUAGGUCUAGCCAAGAAGAAGUACAUCGGCUAUAGCCGGAACGAAACGACGGUAGGGUUGAUGAAGCAGAUCAAGAAUCUCUACGAUCCGAAUGGUAUUAUGAACCCUUACAAGUACAUAUAGACACAAAUGAUACCCUAGAUGAACAUUCACAUGUUUCUUCAACAGAAAAUCGGAUAUAUUUCCCACCAACUCAUGUAUAUACAAACCUGUCAUUUAAAAUAAAUAUUGUAUCAAAGAUUAAAUAUCCAUCUCCUUAUUAUAAUAAAAUUGUAAUAUUUUUCUUUUGAAUUUAUGACAUCAACUGUUAGUGAUGGGGAGCGUAGAUGAUCACCGCUUAUCGAUAAACAAGAGUUGACAAAGUUCGCUUGCUGUAAAUUUAUUUCAUCCUUCA